UCAGUUAAGGGGAUUCUCCGUAACCAGCUGUAGCUUAACGUGAUUUGUCACCUCAGUCACUCUCUAUUCCCCGUGAGGAAACGUUCCUUUUUCUUCUAAUCAUUACCGCUUCAACGUUUAAUUUCUCCGUUGAAGCUGUCAAUCAAACCUGUGGAAGGUACUCUCAAGCUGCACUGAGAGACAGAGAGAGUAGAAGAAGAAUAGAAGAAGUUUUAGUCCAGCUCAAAGGGCACCUUUUUUUUCAGUUCUCAGAUUCAUUCACCUUUUGAUUGAGACUAUAUACUAUGGUAAAUGAAACUAUGAAGACAGUGGUGUUACGGCAAAGGAUCUUUCUUAGCCAAACUCAAGAUCCAGGAUUUUUUAUUUAUCUCAAUUGAAAUGCACAGGAUCACCAGAUUCAUUGAAGGAUCUGUUUGGACUUUUUUGGCUCUAGACAUACCUGCAGUAUAUGUGAAGUUGGGAGACCAGAGUGAGCUAGGUGAUGGUUCAACAGGCUAACGAAGCUAGAUGCUAAUUCUUUCUGUUCCGGCAUCCAGUCAGCUGACAAUCCAGCAGAUAACAAUCAAGCGAUGACCACGGUAUCCAUGGAGCCCCUGCUGGUCCUGAUGGAGCUGAUCCCCAACGCCACCGACCCGCCUUUAGACUCCACUCCUUCCUCUCCCGAAGACACUGCCGCCACCUUCACAAUAGGCUGUAUUCUCUCCCUCAUGUGUCUGGUCGGCGUCUCCGGAAACAUCUACACCCUCGUAGUCAUGUGUCAAUCCAUGCGUUUCGCGGCGUCCAUGUAUAUUUACAUCAUCAACUUAGCCCUGGCUGACCUCCUCUAUCUGUUGACCAUUCCGUUCGUGGUCUGCACGUACUUCCUGAAAGGUUGGUAUUUUGGCGAUGCUGGGUGCAGGAUUCUAAUCAGCAUGGAUUUUCUGACGAUGCACGCCAGCAUUUUCACGCUGACCAUCAUGAGCACGGAGAGAUACUUUGCCGUGCUGAAACCGCUGGACACAGUCAAGCGGUCAAAGAGCUACCGCAAAGCCAUUGCGGUGCUUGUAUGGGUGGCUUCCCUGGUCCUGACUUUACCCAUGAUUCUCAGUAUUCAGAUGAUGAAGGUGGGGAGCAAGGCCAUGUGCCAGCCGACUAUCUCACCGCUGUCCUAUAAGGUGUACAUCACCUUCCUGUUCUGUACCAGCAUUGUGGCUCCGGGGAUGAUCAUUGGCUUUCUCUACAUCGGACUGGCUCGUACCUACUGGAUCUCACAGACAGAAACCUUCAAACAGACCAAGAAACUACCCAACCAAAAGGUCCUCUAUCUGAUCUUCACCAUUGUACUGCUGUUCUGGGCCUGUUUCCUGCCCUUCUGGAUCUGGCAGCUCCUGGGUCAGUUCCAGCCCUCCAUCCAUCUCUCCACCAAGUCCAAGCGCAACAUCAACUACUUGACCACCUGUCUCACCUACUCCAACAGCUGCAUCAACCCUUUCCUCUACACGCUGCUCACCAAGAACUAUAAGGAGUACCUGCGGAAGCGCCAGCGUACCUGGACUGCGGGCAGCUACUUCAACCGAUGGAACCGGUUCCAGCGAUCACCAAGGAGGUCACUGUCCUCCAGCAGCCAGCAGUGCACGGAGAGCUUCGUGCUCACGCACACACCGUCUCUGCGCACCACGCACAACAGCAGCCUGUGAGGUAUCGGAGAAGAGGUUUCUGGUCUUGGUCUUAUCGUGACAUUAUCUCCACGUCUGCUACCCAUUUACGGCGACGUACAGAUGUCGGAUCUUAACUUAAUCACUAUUUUGUCGCAGAGAGUUUUCCUGUUGUAUCAGGAAAUUCAAAUUAGCCUCGUGAUUGGCUGAAAAUGAGCAGUUGUCUUUCUCUCCACUCGGGGCAGUUGAGGCAUUGGGAUCAGGUCUUGCUAUCAAAAUUACGUUAUCUCUCACUCGCUCAAAAUCUAGGCCUAGGUCUCAUUGCUGCAACAUUUAAAUGUAAAAAAGGUAUCUGAAAUGCAGCCAUACACAUCAACAACUGUUGUUUUAUACAGCUUUAUAAGACAAGAUAGAUUUUGGUCUCCGUUAGGCUACGACAUACAAGUGUGUAGUGUAUCCAAAAGUUACAAAUAAACUCAGCCAUGGCCUGGUCGAGAGGUUAAGGUUGCUGCCUUCAGUAUAUGUCGAUUCUGGCCCAUUUCCUUAUGGUAGAAAUAACUCGAUGCCCCAAUUGACUUGAUGUAGUUACAUAUUUCAAAUAUGGACAGUCCAGGGUUAUUUUCAACAACAACACAUAUGGACAGUCCAGGGUUAUUUUCAACAACAACACAUAUGGACAGUCCAGGGUUAUUUUCAACAACAACACAUAUGGACAGUCCAGGGUUAUUUUCAACAACA